CAGCAACAAGCACAAGACGACGUGAUGGUCUACCGGAUCGAGCAAGUGCGCUCGCUGCGGGCCAAGGUCGCCGCCGUUGCCGAGGCCGCCGACAGCAUCGUCUACUACGUCAUCGAAGUCGAGCAUGGCACGUCAGCGUGGAGCAUCGCGAAGCGCUACUCAGACUUUCACGAACUCUGGUCGGCGCUGCAUGCGCAUUUCGCCGCGCCGCCCGACGACGACUGCCACGCCGAGGUCGCGACCGACGUCGUCGACCUUGAUUUUCCCAAGAAGAAGAUGUUUCGCUCGCACGAUCUCGCGCUGAGCCGCCUCGACGCGCUACGAAGCUACCUCAAGCUCCUCAUCAUUGCGCUCCAAGACGACCUCUGCGACGACGACACGACAUGUGACGCCGCCACGCGCCUUCGCACCUUCCUCGGUGUUGACGCGCUGACGGACGACGCCAGCAUGGAUACCUUGCCCUUUGAGCCCACGAAGGCCCACUUUUAUCGUGCAGCGAGUUCGUGUGCAAGUCGCACGGACUGGUCACCAUGAUCUUCUCGAGUAAUUUAUGACGUUUUUAUUCACACA